AUGGAUGUGGAUUUUGACAACGCACUGAACGGCCAAGUAGGAGGUUUCGACCAAUUUUUUGAUGGAACAACCAAACAUGCGGAUAAUGCGAUUGAUUUCAGUGAUGAAGAAGAACUUGCCGACGAAGAGGUUGGAGAUGCACCACAAAGGAGAACUGACGUAGAUGAUGAACAUAAGCCUCCUGAAGGUACAUAUGAAAUGAAUUUGUCGGGUAGUGAAAAGGAAGACCUAUUGUUUAAAAACUUGGAAAGAGAGGCCAGUGAAGGAACCGAGUUGCCCUUACCUACAAUAGGCGGACUUAAAGUUCCCAACUUUGACAAUAACAUUGGCUUGAACGAGACAAUUUCAGAACGCAAUGAGUGUAAUCAAAUCUCUAAUAGUCAUUUCGUGAAACAUCUUGAGAAGACUAUGAUCCGAACUCAAAUGCUUAAGUAUUACUAUCCAAGCUUCCAAAAAAGUAAACCUAUAUCCUUUUCUUCUUUGUUUCCACCGCCACUUGCAAGUUUUCAACUUUAUGAUGGCCGUGAUUGCACACCACUUUUACCACUGAAGGCUCUUCAAGAAGUUGACCCAGAUGAAAAAAAGAUUUUCAAGUCUAGCUUUAGUGCACAUCAGUCGAAAGGAGAUAAGCGAUCCCAAUCAGUGAAGCAUAUUGAACUAAUGGAACUAGAAUCUAACAAUACUCAAAUUCCUCCAAGGAAACAAAAGGAGACACUAAAGCAUUUAGAUCGUAACAUUGUACUCUCCACCCUUAGUUGGGAUGAUACUGAGCUUUUAAGUGACAAAUUGGAGGAAAGGCACAACCGCAAUCGCACAAAACCAAAUUUUCAACAGAUGCAAUACGAUGACUGGGAUGUGGAUACGGAUAUGAUACUUGAGGGGACAUUAGACACUUCAAGAUUGAACUUAAAACUUGAUAUGAAUGAUCCACACCUUUUAUUUUUGAACCAAAAACACAAACCUUCACCAGCUGGAAAAAUGAAUGCUCGUUUUCCUAUGAAUUCGAAGUCGUUUGAAAUGAAGUUCAACAUAUCAAACGACAUGCAGUAUCAAAUGCUAAAGGACAAUUAUCAAUCCAAGAUUAGAUCGACUAUAGGCAAUCUCUCCAUUGACCACAGCAUACCCGCAACAAUUUUGCAGACGCCAUUUUACAAAGUUAAGCUUUCGAAGCAGGAAUUACGUCGAUUCCAUCGCCCGGUAUUCAAUUCUCGCCCAAACUCAACUAUUUUAUUUUCAAAAAUUAAAACCAGAAAAAAGAAGAAAGAUAGGGGCAAAGAAACCAAAGAAUUGUUUAAAAAGUCAGUUGAUCUCACCUUGGGCGAUUCAGCCAGCUUUUUUUUACUGGAGUAUUCAGAAGAACAGCCAGUAGCACUUUCUAAUUUUGGAAUGGGCUCUAAAUUAAUCAAUUAUUAUCGAAAACUUAACGAUGAUGACAACAGCAGGCCAAAACUACCAGUGGGAGAAACCCAUGUGUUAGGUGUUCAAGAUAGAUCACCGUUUUGGAACUUUGGCUUCGUAGAACCUGGAAAUCUUGUGCCCACAUUUUACAACAAUAUGGUCCGCGCCCCCAUUUUCAGGCAUGAGCCAGAAGAAACAGAUUUUCUGCUGAUCAGAAGCUCUGGAGGAGGAAUAAGUCCUCGGUACUUUUUAAGAAGCUUAGAUCAUGUUUUUACUGUUGGACAAACGUUUCCUGUUGUUGAUGUUCCAGGUCCACAUUCUCGUAAGGUGACAAGUACUUCAAAAAACAGACUCAAAAUGAUUGUUUAUCGAGUGCUAAAUAAAAAUGAGAGACAUAGACUAGUGGUUAAAGAUAUUUCAAUUCACUUUCCUGAUCAAAAUGACAUGCAAAAUAGACAGAGGCUAAAAGAAUUCAUGGAAUACCAAAAAAACGGAGAGGAUCACGGGUUUUGGAAAAUCAAGGGGAACGAAAUUCUUCCUGGAUUCAAAGAGAUUCAACAAAUGAUACAGCCCGAAGAUAUUGCCUUACUGGAAGCUAUGCAAUUUGGACAGUUGAAUCUUGAGGAUUACGAUUCCUUGAGGGAAGAGACACUGAUUGGACAAACAACAGCAACCACAGAAGAAGCUCUUCAAGUUCAAAUGGCUCCAUGGAGCACUACUAAGAAUUUUAUCCAAGCAACUCAAGGAAAGGCUAUGCUGCAAGUACACGGGAUAGGUGAUCCCUCAAAGAAGGGAGAAGCAAUUUCUUUCUUAAGAAUCUCCAUGAAAGGUGGCUUCAAAUCUAGCAUGGAAGAUAUUGUGGAAAAAGCAGAACAAAUGGAUAACAAAAAAUCACAAGGGCACAGUUAUAAUGUUGCUGUCCAACAGAAGAUGUAUGAUGAAGAAAUUUCCAGAGUUUGGUAUGCUCAACAGAGAGCCCUAAGCAAGACUUCGGACAUGAUGGAAAGAGAACUAGGACCUACAGAGGCACCAACUGCUUCAAGCGUUUACGAUGAUCAGAAUCAAAUCACUGAAAUGGCGAAAACUUUGGAAGAAUUUGUGUUGAGUCCUCUACAGACAACAGUUUCAUCUGUAAAACCAGCAUCUAUUAAAGAAAAAAAACAUAUGAAAAUUACCCGGAUGGUGCGGGAUCAAAAUGGGAUACUCCAACGUCGCACCCAAUUAGUGACUGAUCAGAAGGUUAUUGCUGCUUAUAUCCAACGCAAACAGGAACAAGAAAAGGCCGAGAUUGAUGCGGAGAAAAUAUCUUUCACUAAUGACGAGGAACAGAAUAGACGAGCAAAAAAGAUACUUGAAGAAGAAUUAGAAAGGCUUGAAAAGUCAAAAGAACGUCGUAUUGCCAGAAAGAAAUUAAAGGAAGGCUUACCAGUGGUUAGUAGCCUGAGCAACACUGAUUCUGAUGCAAGACUGAGUGGUAAAGGUAUCGGAAAAGGUAAGUCCACGAGUAGACGUUGUGCAACAUGCGGUGCGUUAGGACACAUUAGAACAAAUAAGGCUUGCCCAAUGUAUUACUCUGCAAUGAACAAAAGCAACCCAAACAUGUCAGAUCUUCCCGUGUACGAUAUACAGUACUGA